AUGGUUUGUGGGAAAGGGUUUGUGCGCAACCUCAACUUCCCACAGCUGAACAAACUGCCCCGCGCAGCCCCCGGCUCCGGGCUCACCCGCCCUCAACCGUCCCCCUCGGCGGGCGACCCCUUACUGCGGACUCAAGUCACUCCGGCCUCUCCCUCCUCUGACCCUCGCUUCCCACAACUGUUGUCACUCGAGCUGCUCCCUAGUUUCCAUUUCCGGGCCGUCCCUGGCCCCGGAGCCUCCCCUUUCCCCGUUUCCGGGCCCCCCGUCCCAUUUCCGGGGAACCCAGGCCGUCUUCACACCCCCCACCUGCACUUCCGGCCCCCCACUUUCUCUCUUCCUAGACGCCCUCCAAGCUCCCCAGCCCACUUCCGGCCCCCCCGACCCCCGCCGAGCUCCCCAAGAAUCCGCACGCCUUACCCCGGUUCCGUGAAGAGCCCUCCUCAUUGCGGGGGGCCGGUGGGGGCACCCAGCGACCCCCCGCUCCCGCCGGCCCGGGUCCCUCCGGCGGCGCUCUCCCUCGAGCGCCUCGCCGGUCAACCCCCGGCCCGGUCCUUCCGCGGCUCCGCCGCCGCCGGGAGCAGGCCGAAUCGCAGCGAUGACACAACCGGUAACUUCCACUCGCUCCCCCCACCCCCCCGGCGGCGGCGGCGGCGGCAGCUCCUCGGUCCCUUCAAUUAUCAGCUGAGCCGCAGCACCGGCCGGCGUGCGCCUCCGCCCGCGCCGCCUCCCUCCCCGCCAGCUCCGACACUCCCGGGAACUACUUUGCCCUUCGCCGACAGGCGCGUCUGCGGGACAGGCCCUGCUGCCUACUCGAGGCCCAUCAUAUCGCCCCUCCCUCCCCCACCGCCCGGCGCGACUCCCCCAGCGGACAAGGCCCGGCUCCAAGCAAAGACUAUUACCAGUUAUUGGUUACCCGGUGCCAGGCAAGUGCGAACAGCGGUUCACCCUCUCUCCUUACCCCCUGCCCCCUUGGGUUGGGAUCGGGAACGCAAGCCCCACAAGACCGAGAGCGAGCUUGGCCCGCCGGAAGCGCCCUGUCCCAGCUCCGAGCUAGGAGAUUUUCCUCGUCACCUCGGCCUCCUUGGCUCGGCGGCCCGCGUGCUCCUUCCUUCCUCUAACCCGACCCGUCCUCAACGAGGCUUCUUGCCUCCCCUCCUCGCCGCCCGCUCCCUUUCCGCGAUCCCAGGUUCCUACCCGCAGAGUUCCCUCCGCGCGAAGAGAAAAACCGGCGUCCCCGCUUGCGUGCAGCCUCCCUUCAGCGUGGGAAGAAGGGAAAGAAAGACUCAACCAAGUGUCCCGAGGAGGAGCCGCCAGGGGUGGGGAGAAAGCGACGACCUCUUUUCCAGGAUAAUCUUUAGAUGGUGGAAGAUCUCUCUAAGGAGUGAAUAUCGAGCAGCAAAACCUGGAGAAGCCAAAGAAAGUCACGAAGACUUCCUAGAGAAUUCACAUCUUCAAGUUCAAGUUGCCUUAAUAUUUGGUGCGAGAAUAUUAGACUAUGUUCUCAAUUUGUGCCAAGGUAAAUUUGACUUCCUUGAGCGGCUCUCAGACACUUUGCUCCUGAGUAUCAUUUCUUAUCUGGACCUUGAAGAUAUUGCCAGGCUUUCCCAAACAUCGCACAGAUUCGCGAAGCUGUGCGUGUGUGACACACUCUGGGAGCAGAUCGUCCAGUCUGCAUGUGACACCAUCACCCCCGACAUGAGGGCCCUGGCCGAGGACAUCGGCUGGAAGGAGAUGUUCUUCACCAACAAGCUCCAGCUCCAACGGCAGCUCCGCAAGAGGAAGCAGAAACACGGGAGCCUGAGAGAGCAGGAUCAACCUUAGAGACACGUCUUCCUGCCGGCAGGGGAGUUGAGGCACGGCUGUGUUUUUCUUCAGUGUCCAAAGCUCUUCCGUUUCCUUGUCUUAAGAACUAAGAGGCUCUGCUGAUUCAAGGAGCCACUUGAAAAGCGUAGACUAUGUGUAUGCAAACGCAGCAAAAUCUAGCCACCCAGUGCGUUGCUUACUGCGCCCUCCGCAUCACACUGAGGGUCACAUCGUGGCCCUGAAUACAAGGGCUGCAAUACAGGGAACCCCGCCAGGUCACCGUCUGCCCUACCCUCUGACAUCUGUAAGAAAAGAGCCUUCUGCUGUAUGUAAACAAUAAAUGAUUAUUAGCAGGCUUGUAUCAUAUAUCUGUUUUAUCUAGCUAUUGAAAAGGGUCGCUGGGCUUUGAGUUUUUUGCUGGUGGUGGUGUGUCAUCUGAGUCCAUCCAUGGAGGGGUCACUGAGUGUCCCCACGGGAUAUUGUGAGGGGCAGGGGCCCAGGAGGUACUCAGGCUGAGCGUGGUGGCCUUCCCAUCUCUGUUCUGCUCUGUUUGUGUUCAUGGUCCCCUCCACGUGGUCCCAGGAUGCUGGGCUCCCUCACUCUGCAUAGACAACUUUUGACCUGGCUCAGGGUCACAGCUGGAGAAGCCCAGGCCUUCUGCUUACAGAUCUGGCCCAAAGGAUAAAUCCCAAGACUUCGACUUGUUCAGCAAACCUAGAAACCUUUCUCAGAGGGGUGCUACUUUCCCAGACAGCUACUGCUUUUCAUAACAUGGAUUUUUAAAAACCCAAGCUAUGGGUAACUAGGUGAAAGAAUAAUUACAGUCUGUAUUCUGUUAACUUGGCAGAGAAGUAAAAUCAGUACAAACUUCAGGAGAAAAUUCUACCACACUGAGAAGGGUUAUUUAAUUCUUGUUUGUUUUUUUUAGUUCCUGCUUUCUCAUGGGGAUUAAGUACUCCCAGAGAACUCAAAGCAGCGAAAUAAUCCAUCAGACUCCUUCCGGGUUACAGAGCAGAGUGGCUGUCUACCUCCCCAUAAUGUCAGUAGCCUGAUAAUUUUUCUUCCCUGCAAUCUCCACUUCCCUGCCUAGAAAAAAAAAUAAUUUACCUACUUCGCCAAAGAAACCCCGGGACAACUCAGGACCCCCCAAGUGGUGCAGAGCGGUGGAUUCUGAGCGUUCUCCCCACCUAGGCCCUCUGGGAGAGCUCCAUAGCCAUGGCUCAGUGAUUGCUCUUUUUUUCUCCUAAACCUGUACUGACGGCAAACCAGAUUUUAACCCCACCCACAGACCCUGAAAACCUGGUCAUAAUUUCCAGUGACACCUGAGACAGCAAACAUAGUGUGCUUCCUAACAGAUAAGGAGCCUGUCAAAGUCAUGUCUGGGUUUAGUCCAAGCACAUGGCAAAGACUGAAUUGGUGAGAGCCAGACCUCAUGCUUCCUUGGGAGAUGUUCCCCCAGGGCAGGGUGCAGGGGCUGGCAGGCAGCCUGGGGAGCUCUGCCACUGCUGCCAGCUUUCUCCCUGAGGCUUCCAGCAGCAGUUUCUAACCUCCCUCAGGGCUGGGUUUUUAGUGACAGAGCUUAGGUUAACACCAUGGCUGUGCAAACACCCCAAGGAUGUGGUAUGCCAACAGAAGUGGGUAAAUAUAUCUUUACAACUCAUUUGUAACAUCUGUGCAAAGUGUCAACAGCUUAAAAGUUUCAUGUGUCGUGUUUUAUCAACUCACGGAGAUUCUGAAACGCUAUGGGCACGCAGAAUAAUCUAGAUUCAGCAUGAAUUGAAAACACAAAUUUGGCCAUUUACAAAUGCUU